GGAAGUGAAUCAUAAGUUAAUAUGGCAACGUUAACUCUGAAGUACUUCCCAUGAACGUAACGGUCAGCCUCGAUUAAACAGAGAAUCUGUUGAAGCUCACCUCCUUAAAAGAAGAUGUCAUCGAUGAGCCUGUGUACUUCUCUCAUGGAUUGCAGUCAGGACUGUAGAAUAUGAGUGUGUGUGAUGGAGGACAACCAAUGUGGGGGCGUGGACUACCUGAUCCAAGAUGAGGACACUUUAAUCGAAGGAGUCAGCAACCAGGUUUUAUUUGUUGUUGUGCUGAGCAUCGCCUUCCUUGUUGGCCUUCUGACUCUGCUCUGCAGACAAGAGCAGCAAUACAUUCACCCUGAAAAUCAGGAGCAUGUUCGAGCUGUUCGACAACAGCUUCAAACAGAGCAGGAUGAAAAUUCUCAAACGGAGACAAGACAGCAGUAUUACACGGACAUGUCUUGUCCCGUCUGUUUACAGCAGGCUGUUCUGCCUGUAGAAACCAACUGUGGACACCUCUUCUGUGGCACAUGUAUUAUAGCAUACUGGAGAUAUGGCACCUGGCUCGGUGCUAUCAGCUGUCCCAUCUGCAGACAAAUAGUAAGGCUUUAUGAGUAAAUCUUUGGGGCUGAACCACAACUUAUACCCCGGCACAUCCACGACUACAACCGCAGGUUCUCAGGCCAACCGAGAUCUCUUAUAGACCGGCUGCGAGAUGUUCCCACGCUGCUUCGCCAUCUCUUCAGAGAGAUGUUCUCCGUGGGUGGCCUCUUCUGGAUGUUCAGGAUUCGAAUUCUCCUCUGCCUGGUUGGUGCCAUCACCUACCUGGCUUCUCCACUCGACAUCCUCCCAGAGGCUCUCUUCGGCCUCCUGGGAUUCUUGGAUGAUUUCUUUGUGAUCCUGCUCCUCUUUGUCUACAUCUCCAUCAUGUACAGAGAGGUGGUGACACAGAGGCUGAACAACUAGAUAAUCACUGGAAUAAGAACAUGACUUUUUGUUCUGUCAGGCUUUGGGUUAGGGAAACAUUUUCUUUUUAAGUUCUCAAAGGGAUUUAUGUUAAAACCUGGCACGUUAAUCAGUGCAAAUGCCAUAAAGACUGAGCUUUGAAUGUUCUCCUGUGUGUGUAUAUACAUACCUUGGUUCAGUGAUUUGAGGGUUAUUUAAAGGAGUUUUCAAACGUUUUUGCAGCGCUCCCUUUGGUAGAUAAGUUGAUAUAUUGUUAAACUCAUUCAUUUACUAUUUACAUUUGUUCAGUAAUUUAACAAAGAAUAAUUACUGCAAAUUCCCGGAAGUGACACAAAUAUAGUGAAAAUAAAAUAAAUUUUCCUGCAAUAGCUUCGCAGUAGUCCCCCCACUUUGGGGACUACUGCUUUUAAAAGCUUACAUGGCCUACACUGGCUAACAAUUAUACCUGUAAAAAAGAACUUCACACUUUUUCCAAAGUUACUAUCCUCUUCAUUGUACAUGCCAGGGUGAGCCAUCAGUUUGUUCUGUGGUUGAAAAUAGCCAUAAAAUGGUUCAAGAGUUUGUUUUUUCUCAUUUGUUUCAGUCUGUUAUUUUUCUGGGUCUUGAAAUAAAUUUGGAAUCAUGUUUAUAUGCUUUAAACUCCUCACUAAUUUAAUGGGUAUGAAGAGUAUUUAAAUGGUAAAAUGUGCUGAGUGCAGCUUGAGCAGGCAGUUGAAAUUCAAGAACUGUAUUUUUGCAUUUGAACUGUUGAUUAUACAUAGUCGUGACAUUAAAAUACUUCUGACUCUG